AGACUGAAUACUAGGCUAUUUCAUUUUGUACAAUACUUGAACAAAAAAGUAAAAUAAACGAAUGAUGACAAAGGACACUAUUUCGGUCUACGUCGGCUUUCAGCCAUACAAAAUUAAGAAUUACAGUAGCAAAAAUGACUUGAGAGUCAACCCUCAAGUCUUUGCUAUUGUUGAGUAUAAUUAUUACUUCAUCUAACUAAUAUCUAUCUACACACCAAAUCCAUAGUAGUAUUUUACUUUCAUAACCACCACAACCAUGGUUGCCAUUGCUUUGAUUUCAUUUCUCCUCUUACAACUCAUAACGGCCACUAUUUCUGUCACGCCUUCAUCGUAUAAUGCCACAGUAUAUUUCUUGCUCAACUGUGGCGCACCAUCAGUCGCCACUGAUGAAGAUGGCCGUCGAUGGGAUACUGAUACCCACUAUCCCAAUUUGUUACCUUCCAAUUCAUCAACCAUAUCAUCACCAGCCACAGCCUCUGAACAAGACUCUUCAGUUUCUAGAGUCCCUUAUACGAAUGCUCGUAUUUUCAAAUCUAAAUUCACCUACCCUUUCCGUGUUCCUCCUGGCACUAGUUUCCUCCGUCUCUAUUUUUACCCCACCACAUACCUUGGCUUCAACAAAUCCGAAUCCUUUUUCUCUGUAACAGCUAAUCAGUUUACCCUCUUGAGUAACUUCAGCGCUUUCCUCACGGUCGCUGCAAGUACCGAUUCUAGUUUAAAAAUUCAAAAAGAAUAUGUCAUCAAUGUUGAUGAAACUCAGAUACUCAAUAUAACCUUUUCUCCUUCGCCGAACUCUUACGCUUUUGUUAAUGGGAUCGAGAUUGUUUCCAUGCCAACUGAUCUUUAUCUCCGUGAAGAUAGUGGUGGCAUCAUAUUGGUGGGGCAGUAUAAUCUUUAUUACAUCAAUAACAGCACUGCUCUUGAAAAUGUGUACAGGCUGAACGUGGGAGGCAAUUUGGUUUCGAGCACAGGGGAUACAGGCAUGUAUCGGGUAUGGGAUUCAGAUGAAGACUUUGUUGUUGGAUAUGACUAUCAAACUCCUCAUAUAGAUGUCAACAUUAAUUACACUUCUGAAACCCCGGCUUAUACGGCGCCAAACAUAGUUUACACAACCUCUAGGACCAUCGCCAAUUACAGCCAGAGCCUGGAUUGGAUUUUUCCUCUUGACGCUGGGUUCUACUAUCUUUUCAGGCUCCAUUUUUGUGAGAUUCAGCUGGAAGUUAAGGAACAGAACUAUCGGGUUUUCGAUAUACUCAUUGGAAACCAAACGGCAGAUCAACUAGUCGAUGUGAUUCAACGGAGUCGCGGCUGGAGAGUCCCGAUGUACACAGACUACGUGGUGUUUGUGAGAGAUCCAGAUGGCCGACGAGGCAAGAAAGAUGUGUCGCUUGAAUUGCGACCUAACAUGGAAACAAAAGCUGUGUAUGAAAAUGCUAUCUUAAAUGGCUUAGAAAUUUUCAAGUUGAGCGAUCGAAAAGGAAAUUUUUCCGUCCCAAAUCCUGAAUCGCGGUUAGAAGUUCCAGAGAAUUCAACCCCAAAGGAAAAAAAGAAAAAGAAAUGGCAUGUCUUUGUUGUUAUCACAGCAGGUGUGAUUAGUGGAAUUGCUCUGUUGUCAAUUCUAUGUUUCUUGAUUUUCCAGCGGAGGAAAAAGGGAAAGGAUCUGCAUACAAGCGUUACAAAAUCAUCGUGGAUCCCUUUAUCAAUUACAUCGAACUCAACCCAAAGGACCAGCGGUUCAGGCUCAUCAUCAUUACCCUCCAAUCUGUGCCGACACUUUUUACUGGAGGAGAUAAAAGCUGCAACAGGAAAUUUUGAUGACAAUUUUGUGAUUGGGUAUGGAGGUUUCGGUAAUGUGUACAAAGGGUACAUAGACAACGGCACAACCACAGUUGCAAUCAAGAGAUUGAAUCCUUCAUCAAAGCAAGGAGUUCGCGAGUUUGAGACAGAGAUUCACAUGUUAUCAAAGCUAAGACAUCUGCAUUUGGUAUCCUUAAUUGGUUAUUGUGAUGAUAACAAUGAGAUGAUUUUGGUUUAUGAUUACAUGGCUCAUGGAACUCUCCGUGAUCACUUGUACAAAGCUGAUAAUGCUCCUCUUCCAUGGAGGAAACGCCUUGAGAUUUGCAUUGGCGCAGCAAAAGGAUUGUGUUAUCUCCAUACAGGUACAAAGCACACCAUUAUUCAUCGAGAUGUCAAGUCGACCAACAUUUUAUUGGAUGAUAAAUGGGUUGCUAAGGUGUCAGAUUUUGGAUUAUCCAAGAUUGGUCCGCUUGGUGGGUCAGAAAAUACCCAUGUUAGCACUGCUGUGAAAGGAAGCUUUGGGUAUGUUGAUCCUGAAUACUAUAAGCGACAACAAUUAACAGAAAAAUCUGAUGUGUAUUCUUUUGGGGUGGUGUUAUUCGAAGUGUUGUGCGCUAGGCCAGCAUUAAUGCCUAGAAUGCCGAAAGGGCAAGUGAAUUUGGCUGAUUGGGCUUGUAGGUGCUGUAAAAAAGGAAAUCUUGAACAGAUAAUUGAUCCGACUUUGGAAGGACAAAUUGCCCCGGAGUGCUUAAACAAGUUUGCAGAAGUAGCAUAUAAUUGCUUGAAGGAUCAGGGGGUUCAAAGGCCAUCAAUGGGCGAUGUUGUCUGGAAUUUAGAAUUUGUAUUAAAGCUUCAAGAUGCAGCAGAUAAUAGAGGUCACAAAAUGGAAGGGAACAGUUACCCAGCUAGCCCGUCUUUCCCCUUGAUUGUGAAUGGUCAUACCAAUAUAUCUACAGAUGAAGGCGAGGCCUUUUCAGGUUCAUAUGAAGUUGGAGGAAAAUCAACCAGCAGUGGUACAUCCAUGACCAGUAGUGAUGACAAGCUGAAGAGUGAUACCAUUUUCUCUGAGAUUUUGAAUCCAACGGGUCGAUGAGAUUGUUACAUACAUAAGUUGCAUAUUAGCUCUUUCUCUGUUUCUUUUUCCUUUAUUGAAUUUGUCUCCUUAUUAAUAUCGAUGUAUUGUAGCGAAUAUUCAGAAGUGUAUAAGCUAUACGAUAGUUUCACUAUUUUUUCU